GGGCGGAGCUUGCAGAAGAAAAUGGCGGCCGUCCGGGGGCUAACAGCUGUGGCCCUGAGAGUGGUGACUCCCUGGCAAAGGAGCAGCAGGAUUCUCACGGCCUCCCGCGGACCCCGGGCGCUUCGGGAAGUGUCGUCCUCUAGCCCUGAAGCUGGCGAAGGGCAGAUCCACCUCACCGACAGCUGCGUCCAGAGGCUUCUGGAAAUCACCGAAGGGUCAGAAUUCCUCAGGCUGGAGGUGGAGGGAGGUGGAUGCUCCGGAUUCCAGUACAAAUUUUCACUGGAUACAGUUAUCAACCCCGACGACAGGCAAGGAGAAAGGGGGUGUUUGAAAAGGGUGGGGCAAGAGUGGUGGUUGACUCUGAUAGCUUGGCCUUCGUCAAAGGGGCCCAUGUGGACUUCAGCCAAGAACUGAUCCGAAGCUCAUUUCAAGUGUUGAACAAUCCUCAAGCGCAGCAAGGUUGCUCUUGUGGAUCAUCCUUCUCUGUCAAACUUUGAUGUGAUGACAAGUGACCCGGAGAUUGCUAUCAUCUGACUGAUUUGAGGAACCUGGGAUUAGAACAAUUCUAGAAGUUUCCUUCCUAUCGUGACCCUCUCUCAAUUUUAUUUUCCCUUAAUUCAGGAUGUUGUUUCACCACUAUUUUCAGAAUGUGAAACUUUUACUCUUGAUUUAAUUUCUCCUACACAGUUGUAAGGCCAAGCCUGUGGAUGCUGUUACCUAAGAUUUAGUAACUGGUUGAAACCAGUAUCAUCUGUAGCACCUCCAAGGUUCCAGGAGUUCUCUGGCCUUCAGAGCUACUUGUACAAAUGUGUAUAGCUAUGUAUAAAAGCUUCGUUUUAAAGAAAGUCCUUAUUUAUUUGUGUUGUGGAUCAGAAUCACAGAUUGCAUAGCUUGAACACUGUGUUACUAGACCAGAAAGGAUGAGAAAGCCAAAGGAAAUGUUAUCUUUUUGUUUUGCUAUUUAUUUAUUUACUUACUUUUAUUGAAGUAUAGUUGAUUUGCAGUAUUGUGCCAAUCUCUGCUGUACAGCGAAGUGACUCAGUUAUAUACAUAUAUACUUUCCUUUUUAUUUUCUCUUCCAUUAUGGUUUAUCACAGGAUAUUGAAUAUAGUUUCCCUGUGCUAUACAGUAGGACCUUGUUGUUGAAAUGUUAUCUUUUUCAUCUCACCCUUCCUUAAUGUGCUAGUUUACUUACCAUUAUUUUCUGUGCACCCCAUUCUUUGCUUCCCAUUUGUUACAGCAGAUACAUUUUCUUCUUAUACUUAGGAAUGUGUUAGAUUCACGAAACCAAUAACCCAUCACCCAGAAAAACUUCGAACUAAACCUCACUGAUACUUGAAUCAUAAGUUUGAAAAUAAGCUCCAUACUCCAUAUUC